AUGGCAUACCUCAGCAAGAGUCUUUCCUGGAAGAGAAUCGUGCUUGUGUUCUUCCUGCCAGUUGUCUUAACAGGUCUUGCUCCUAGAUAUGACAACUUUAAGUCUCCUGCCAGGUUCAGCUGGUCUCGCCUGUCCCCUUUCAAGUUGAAAAACAGAACUAUAGGACUUAGCACUGUAAUUAAUGCUCGGGGCAAACCAUAUUUCACCCUGGAGGGUCACAAGUUCAUGAUAGUUGGAGGCUCCAUGCACUACUUCCGGGUGCCCAGGGAGUAUUGGAAGGACCGCUUGCUGAAGCUUCAAGCCUGUGGAUUCAACACUGUCACUACCUACAUCCCAUGGAACCUCCAUGAGCAAGAGAAGGGGAAAUUUGACUUCUCUGACAUCCUGGACCUGGAGACCUAUGUUUCACUGGCUGCGAGUGUUGGUCUGUGGGUGAUUCUUCGACCAGGGCCGUACAUCUGUGCUGAGAUUGACCUGGGUGGAUUGCCCAGCUGGCUUCUGCGCUAUCCUGAGUCAAAACUGAGAACAACCAACAAGAGCUUUCUUGAGGCUGUUGAUAGGUAUUUUGAUCAUCUGAUUCCCAGAAUACUUCCUCUCCAGUACAGCCAUGGUGGCCCUGUGAUUGCUGUCCAAAUAGAGAAUGAAUAUGGUUCAUUUUAUAAGGAUAAAAACUACAUGAAUUACCUUAAGAAGGCUCUGCUGAAGAGAGGGAUUGUAGAGCUCCUCUUGACCUCAGAUAAUGGCAAUGACAUUCACUUUGGCUCUGUCCAAGGAGCAUUGGCUACUAUAAACACACAAGCAUUUGUGGAGGAUUAUUUUAUUAAGCUUCAUCGAAUGCAGACUGAUAAACCCAUUAUGAUCAUGGAGUACUGGACUGGCUGGUAUGACACAUGGGGGAGUAUGCACCAUGCUAAAACUGCAAAGGAUGUUCAACAUACAGUAUCUAGAUUUAUCAAAUGUGGAUUCUCCUUCAACAUGUAUAUGUUCCACGGUGGAACCAACUUUGGUUUUAUAAAUGGAGCCCGGCAGGAAUCGCAACACCUAGCUGUUGUAACUAGCUAUGACUAUGAUGCUGUACUGACCGAGGCUGGAGAUUAUACCGAGAAGUAUUUCAUGCUCCGGAAACUCUUUGCAUCUUCUUCAGCAGGCUCCCUGCCUCCAUUGCCUAGCCUUACUCCCAAGACUGUAUAUCGCUCUGUGAUUCCAUCAUUCUACUUACCACUGUUUGAUACUCUACCAUACUUAAAUAAGCCUGUCACGUUAUACACUCCAGUCACCAUGGAGAAUCUUCCGAUAAACAAUGGCAGUGGUCAGCCAUUUGGAUUGGUUCUCUAUGAGACUUCCAUCUGUUCUGGAGGCCGCCUCCUUGCUUCAGUUCAUGAUUCAGCACAGGUGUUUUUGAAUAACAUAAGUAUAGGAAUUCUGGAUGAGCAUAGUAAAAUCCUGAAUAUUCCUAAAAUCCGGGGUUGUCAGCUUCUGAGGAUCCUGGUUGAGAAUCAAGGUCGAAUCAAUUUCUCAUGGAAUAUUCAAAAUGAGCAGAAAGGAUUAAAUGAAUUUAUUAGCAUCAAUAAGGUUUUGCUGAGGAAUUUCACCAUUUAUUCUCUGGACAUGAAGAUGAGUUUCUUCAACAGGCUCCGCCUUGCCACCCCAAGGCUUGCUCCAGAGUAUUACAUAGGCCCUGCCUUCUACUGGGGAACCUUGAAUGUUGGCUUUUCUCCCAAGGACACCUUCUUGGACCUUCCAAACUGGACUUAUGGGUUUGUGUUCAUCAAUGGACGCAAUCUUGGCAGAUAUCACAGCAUUGGACCUCAGCGAACACUGUACCUUCCUGGUCCCUGGCUUCAUCCAGAAGAUAAUGAAAUCGUCGUGUUUGAGAUGAUAAAUAAGGGUUUUUGCAUCCAGACUACAAACAAACCCCAGCUGUAA